AUUGGUGUUUCAACCGUGCAUGUUCUCUCCUUAUCAUGGCGUAGGAUUUCAUUGGUGGCCAUGGAGGGUGUUAACUUUUCUACAGUCGUGCCGGAGAUGAGAAUGAACUUACAGUUUUCACUUCUCAUAUUCAGUCAGAGACUAAAUCCAUAAUGAACUCUUUGAAAUCAAUAUUGCUGUUAGGGCUCGCCGCCGGGUCGGCCAACGCGCACAGUCACGAUGGCGCGCAGAAACCGUUAACGUCGAGCGAAUCUUGCAAACACCCUGCUUAUCAGAGCCAUAUAGUAUCUAAAUCGCCUUUGGUCAUAUACCUAGAGAACUUCGUCACAGCUGAAGAGAUGGAACACUUACGAGAAGUAACCAAAGACACAUUCUCGCACUCAGCCGUUGCCGAUGAAUCCGGAGCUCAAGGGCUACGUCAGACACGGACUUCUCAGUCGACCAAUGUGCCGCGCGAUGCCGUAGUCCGGUGCAUCGAGGAGCGGGCCUUAUUAUUCCAAGGCUUCGACGUCCCCCGAACGCAUCUUGAGCCCUUGCAGCUGGUCAAGUACGGCUUGGGAGAGCGGUACCACUUUCACACUGACUGGUACACAAAUGAUGCGCACGCCACAUCUGCACUGGGCGGCAACCGGCUCAGUUCGUUCUUCGCGUACGUCUCCGCCUCCGACGAUAUUACGGGCGGCGGGACGAAUUUCCCUAUGGUAGCUGCUCCUACCGAUGAGCGGUGGUGCAAGUUUGUCGACUGCGAUGAGCCGUGGGAGAACGGCGUGACGUUUAGGCCUGUUGUUGGAAAUGCUGUCUUUUGGCAGAAUCUGAACGAGGAUGGUACGGGAGAUCAGCGGACGCUACAUGCUGGUUUGCCGGUUACUAGCGGUUCGAAAAUAGGGAUGAAUAUUUGGACAAGGCAAGGUCCAUUGAGCGAGGAUAUCCGUGGACCAGACGUCUGAUUUAUAGCCAGAAGAACCUUUGAUGGUUUUACAUAUUUUAAAUAUUGUUAUAUGUACAAGA